CACACUACGCACGCGCCGAACAUCCAAAAUGUAACAGGUACGGCGUAUGGACGUUCCGUUCGCUCCUUCAGUCGCGAAUUAUCGGGAGGGCCGCGCAAGCGUGCUGGCUGGAUGCCGUCACAUAAAUUUUUACUUCUAUUGAAUAAAAAAUAAAAAACCAUAAAUUUAUCCCGCCAAUAAAUAUUUGAGUUUCAAAAAUGGAAUUCUAUUGUGCAUCCACAGUUCAUAGAAUAUCGACAUGGCCAACAUUUCAGUGUUUUUGCAAAUCGUAAGUGGCGUUUAUUGACUUUUCGUGUUUUGUUUAGUGAUAAUUUGUGAUAUCGGUGAUGCCAAGUGGAUAUGGGUGUGAUAAUGAUAACUGUUUAUGGGAUUGGAUUGCUCAAUGCACCGGGGUUUGUGAUAAAAAGUCAUGGGGCUCGCCGCCGGUACGAAAACGAGAACAUAUAAAAAGAAACACACUAACAAACACAAAAACAAAUGGAAGUGCACAUUAAAUUAAAAAAACUAUAAAAAUUAUUAUGUAAAAUUCAUUCGAUAUUUAAACGAAGCAAAUGCUUCUAAUGGAACGAUAAGUGAUGGGUGUAUAGGCGACACCGUUAUGGGGUGUGGACAGAGCAAAAUAAAUCUCUACCCGAGGCGGAACAAAAAUGGCGGCAAAGGGAACAGUGCCAAAAAGUCAGGCGCUGCUGAUAAGGAGGCUGACGAGGAAGAAGGUACAACAGGAGCCGCAGCGCCCGCAGAGGACACCGAAGAGGAACCAGAGAGGGGCAAGCACAUACUGCCUCUUACAACGCACCCGCCCCCUAUUGAGGUAUCCGCAAGUCAGCAGGACUUCUUCAAGAUGUUGGACGAGAAGAUUGAAAAGGGCAAAGACUACGACUCGUCAAGUGAAACGGAAGUCCGGCUAGAACAGGAAAGGCGAAAGAUACUCAUAGAGCAAUGGCGGUCAGCUUCCCAGUCCACGCAGUCCUCCUUCUCGCACUCCAGCCCUCCAACACCGGCGAGGAGGCGCGGCCCCCAUCGGCCCAUACCGCAGCCUCCCGAGCGACAGAACAGCCCGGGCUCGAGCCGAAGAUGCUACCGACAACAGCACGUUCCUGACGGCAUGUCGCCUCCUCCUAGAAGAGCUCACAGCGCCCAGUCACAUCACCAGGAAUCUAAACAAGUCAAUGGAGAUAACUGGCAAGACCCAACUAAAUCUCCCGUCAAAAGACCGCAAAGUGCAGGAGCUAAUUGGAAAAAUAAUCCCAAAGUAGCACCUUACAAUCAAAAACCCAAGAAGGAGGAAAACAGACAUAAAGACACAGAUACGUCCGGAUCAGGAAGAGAUAUGUCCCAAAUAACGUUCAAUCCCACAUUCCAAACUCAUAGUCCAGCUCAUACUGCCAAACAACAGCCAUACAUAGCUCAAAUUAUAAGUUAUCCGAUGUCCCAACAAGUGACACCGCCGUCGCCUCCGAAAUACAUCGCGCCUCCCGAGGAAUACCAGGAUCCUCAGAACAAUGUUGUAGAUAAUAAACAAAGUAAUCAAAGACAGACGCCAACGACACAGGUGACGACGCAGUCUCAUAUCUACUACAUCCACGGGAAUGCUACGACAACUAUUAACCAAGAUCUAGCCCAGCAACGACAACAGACUGCGAUACAUUUGCAGCAGUAUGUGGCGAUGAAGCAAGCACAGCAACAGAUGUUCACGUACUUGCAAAGAAGUCCGCAUACUGUAUUUCCCAAUGUAGACUAUACUCAAAAUCCGCCCCAGGCUCGUAUGUACGAAGGAGAAGAAUUUGCUGCUCAAUUCGGCCAUCCAGUCUUAAGACCGCAUAGCGCCCCGCCGGUCAACGUAGUCAGGCCGAUGGCUGUACCCCCAGGCUUCGGGAUGCCUGAAGGUGCACACAUGGUGCAAGUGCCGAUGUGGCCUCACAUGACCCCGGUAGUCUCUACGAUGGGACCGUGGAUGCAAGGGCAAGUCCCGCCCGAAAUGCAGUAUUACCCUCAAACACAAUUUGUGCCUAUGUACCGGCCGAACUCAGCGGGAUCCGCCGGGACGUUGACAAGAUAUCAGAAGAAAGAAUCGAGUGACGGUGAAGUGAAAAACGUGUGCCAAAGUAUAAACCUAGUCAGACAGAAACCGAUAGGACAGAUAGUGUCGCUGCCAGGCCAGGAGCUGACUGUGUGUAACAAUGUGAGUGAGAGUACGAGUCCCGCGAGCGUGAGCACCGACAGCGGCGUGUCCCCCGGCAACAGCGUGCCCAGCUCCAAGAACGCGUUCACCGCCGCCAGCGCCGGCGACACCGCCACUCUCAUAGACAACAAGAACAAAAAGAACAAGUCCGUACAACCCGCGAGAUCUCUAAAGAAUUCUAAAAGUCUAGACUCUUAGGAACAUUUGUAAUUAUGUAGAUUUUCUAAAUGUACGUAGCGUCGAGUCGUUAUGACUGUGUAUAGUGAAAUUAGAUUCCAAAGUGCUUAUUGUAUUAUUGUGAUUUUAUCGAGAAAGUUUUUUUAUCGAUCGGUGUUAAAGUCGCUCUUAUUGGUGUAGUUACAAUUUAUCUUUAAAAUGGAUAUCAAUGCUUUCACUGCAGUUCGAUUGCGAACGUAAUUUAAUGAAAUUCUUCGAAGCGAAUCACUAUAAAAUGUAAGCCGUAUCUGUUGUGAACACUGCGUAAAAUAUAAAAAAAAAACGUAUUUCAUAAGUUAUUUAUUACAUUCAUUUAAUUUGAAACGGGUAAUUAUUUUAUUUAUCGAUAAUAAAAUCUAUUCGAAUCUAAAUGUAUGUUUAGACAAAGACAUGUAAAUGGUACCUCUAAGUGCCGAAUAAAUGCAUUUUAAAUUAUUCAAUAAUAAUGAUGAAGAACA